AUGAAAGCCGAAGCUUCUGACGAGAACUCGAUCGUCUUAACAGAGCUUCCCUACUAUAAUCCCGGGGCGGAAGUUUCAGAGACCUCUGAUCUUGACAGAACGACUCUGUUGAAACUCAUUAGUGCUGGCUUCUCAUUCUUCGUCGCCGGAGUCAAUGAUGGCAGUCUUGGUGUUCUGAUCCCAUGGGUGAUCCGCGACUACGAUAUCAACACAGCCAUCCUUUCUAGUAUCUAUGGAGUGAGCUUCCUGGGAUGGCUUACGGCUGCUGUCACCAAUACACAUAUGAGCCAACGUCUUGAUCUUGGUACAAUGCUUGUGUUCGGAGCUAUCUUACAAGUCAUCGCUCAAGCUCUGCGAGUCUGGCCAGCGCCUUUUAGUGUCUACGUCACUACCUUUUGGCUCACGUGUGUUGGGCAAGCGUAUAAUGACACCCAUGCCAAUGCUUACGUUGCUGUUGCAGCCAAGGGAGCACACCGGUGGCUAGGGUUUAUCCAUGCUAUGUAUAUGGCAGGCUGUCUGGCAGGACCAUUUGCUGCCUCGCCAAUUGCAUCGUCUAGAGGCGCCUCUAGUGAUUCUUCACCAUGGUACUUCUUCUAUACGAUACCGCUGGGCCUAGGUGUUGCGAAUGUUAUUCUUUGUUCGGUCGCCUUCAGAGACACGCUACGUCUGAAAGCUAGAUCUUCGGAUUCGGCGCCAUCGAAUGAUACAAUCACUACUAUUUCGACCGUCGCUGAGCAGGUUCAAAGUGAGAAGAACGCACUUGGACUCAUCAAGAAGACUCUAGCUCAAAAGAGCUUCUGGUUCCUGAGUGUCUUUUACUUCUUCUACCUGGGCGCUACUGUUACAGCCAGCGGGUGGGUCGUGGAGUAUCUGGUCAACGUACGAAAAGGGAACAUAGUAUCGAUGGGAUAUGUUCCGGCUGGCUUUAGUGGGGGAGCAUUGCUGGGAAGACUGAUUCUGCCUGAACCUACCCGUCGCUUUGGUGAACGGCUGAUGGUCAGCAUCUAUUGUGUCAUCUGUAUUGGGCUCCAGAUCAUGUUCUGGCUAGUGCCCAACACUGUCGCAGCAGCCGUCGCGAUCAGCUUGGUGGGCUUCUUUUCCGGUCCGCUAUUCGCUACUGGCAUAUCGGUCGGCUCGAGACUCUUUCCAGCAGAUAUCCGAGCGACGGCGCUGUCAUUAGUGUUCGUGUUCGCACAGGUUGGCGGUUCGUUAUUUCCGGUCAUUACAGGACUCGUCAGCUCUCACAAGGGCGUUUGGGUACUCCAGCCGAUGCUGGUAGGCUUGAUUUCAGCCACUGCAAUUACUUGGUUGCUGGUACCUCUCCCGACGUCUUCAAACGCUGAGCUACACCAAGAGUAA